CCCCAUGUUAGCUUAAAAAUAGUAUGUAGUGUAUUGAAAUAGCAUUUCUUGUUUUUAUUAAAAAAAGAGGUUAUUUUAAAGGACAAGUGUUUCCUUAAAAUAUAAAAAACAAGGAUAAUACAAAAGAGCAGAUUAUCACUGUACUGAAGUAACAACGUUACAUUAUGGAAGGAAAACACAUAAUUGUGAUUGGUGGAGGAACUUAUAGAAUGAGAAACAUGUGGUCGGAUGCUGAGGGAUAUGGAAUAAAGAUCAUACUUGUGGAAUAUGAUCCAAAUCAUAUAGCACGAGAUUUUGUUCAUUGUUUUGUGGAGUAUGAUUUCUCUGAUCAUACGAUUGACCAUGUGCAUGCCAGUGAAAUCAUAAGUUUAUUACGCAGACGGGAAAUAAAGGCUGAUGGUUGUGUGUCAUUCUGUAACGAAUGUACACCUUUGGCAGCGUUAAUUUGUGAACAAUUAGAACUAAGAGGUCCGAGCUUCAAAUCAGCCAUCAUAGCUAACUCCAAAUCGCAAACGCAGAAUUUGUUGAAAAUGAGUAAUAUAGAAAUUUUGGGGUGCAAAAACUAUUUUCAGUUUCCGGCAAUUCUCAAACUCGAUAAUUGUUCCGGAGGUAUAGGAGCUUGCAUGGUUGAAAGCAAAUCGGAGUUGAAAAACAAAUUCCAACAAAUAACAAGCUCCUUGUGCACAGAUUCGGACUUUCCAAGGAUUGGACUUAGUCGAGGCAAUUCAAUGACAACAUUUGAAUUUUACAAUGGUACUGAGCAUAAUGUCGAUGUCAUGUUAUAUGACAAAACUCUUGUAUGGGCUUUUAUAACUGACAGUGGAAUAGUACGACAGCCAUAUUUUAUAGGUACUGCUAAACGGAUGCCUUCUUUUCUACCAGACGACAGCCGCAAUCAGCUGAUAGACGCUGCUUAUAAAUGCUGCAUAGGGAUAGGUCUAACGGAUGGAACUUUCAAUGUUGAGUUUAUAAUGACAGCCAACGGACCAAAACUUGUAGAAAUCAAUCCAAGAAUGUGCGGCUACGUCUUUAGGGAUUGGAUAAUGAAAUUGUACGGAAUUGAUAUCAUGUUAUAUACAAUGAUGAUCUCUUGUGGAAUAAAACCUGAGUUACCAAACAUUUCAACAGACAUAAUACAGAUGGGCGUGAUGGUGAUACCAUCUUUACAUGGAAAACUUCUGACAGAUGAUCAAUACAGAAAUAAAUUGAAUGAAAUGAUUGAUGCUGGUGACGUCACAUUUCUUCAGUUCCUGGAAAGUUUUGAGCAUCUGUCCACCUAUGACAAACCAUUUGGAAAUGUAGCUGUUUCCGGCACAGACUCAAUCGAAGUUAAGACGAAAUUGAUGAAUGUGUGUAGAGCGCUCGACAUAGACCAACACGAUUAUCAAGUUGACAUUUUUAUAAGGAAUUUUUAAAUAACACACUGUAUACAUGUAGUUACAAAAUCUUGUUUAAUUACUUUAUAUACAAUGUAUGAAUGAAUGUUAUAUAAAGGGGGCCAACUGAGGAUUUUUUUACAUGAUUGGACAUAUAAUAUUUCUUCGUGAUUAAUGUUCUGUUUGUGGUAUGUCUAGACCAAUAACUUGUGUACAAAAUUAUAGACUUUUCGCCCAUCAUAUUUAUUCAAGAAUUCAAGAAUAAGUAUUGCAAUUGUGAUAAAAUAAGCAAAAUCUGAAAAGCGUUACAAUGCUUUGCACUCAAAUUUGCUUAGAAUAGCAUGCAAAUAUCAUUUUAAUUCAUUUCUGAGUAUAUUCUUUAUGUUUAUGUAUUUCUUUAUUAUCGUUUAUGUGCCUCGCUGUUUUAAAUGCCUCAGCAGAUCUAUGUAAGGAAUUCAAAAAUUAUGUUUUAAGGUUUAUGGACCUCAGUGGGAUUCCUUUGACUAAGAGAGAAGUAAAGAAAAGAAAGCAUUCUGUUUUAGUUUAAGUUUAUAAGUACUUAUCAAUUUAAGCAAUUCGUUAAUGGUAAUGUAUUAGGUUGUAGCCAUUUCAUUUAAAAAAAACCUCCCACAUUUCUUUUACUUUUGCAUCAAAUACUAUUAAAAAGUUGUACUAGAUUGUUGCAUACCUUUUCAUCGACAUUUUAAUAUGUAGUUAUACCACAAGCAUUAACAAGCACAUUAC